UCACAAGCCAACUCCUGGCAAGAUGGCCGUCGUAAUCGGCGAAGUUGCUCAGCUCCUUGAUGCGACCCUCGACCCCCAACAUCACAAAAAAGCCGAAGCCGCUCUUAGGAUAGAAGAAAAGAAGCCCCAAUUCUCCUUAACACUUCUGCAGAUCGUCAACUCGGACGCCCUACCUGCCAAGACUCGUCUGGCAGCCGCGCUCUGUUUCAAGAACUUUAUCAGGAGCAACUAUGUGGACGAAGAUGGCAAGUACAAGUUGCCCGAGGACGAGGUCGCGACACUCAAGCAAGAGCUUGUCGGACUCAUGAUCUCAUCUCCGCCAAACAUCCAAGCACAGCUCGGCGAUGCCAUCAGCAUUAUUGCAGACUCCGACUUUUGGGAGCGUUGGCAGACAUUGAUACCGGAUCUUGUUAGCCGGUUGUCAACGUCUGAUUUCAAGAUUACGAAUGGCGUUCUUGAGGUCGCCCACUCGAUCUUCGUUAGGUGGAGGCCCUUGUUUUCAUCCAACGAGCUUUAUACCGAGAUCAACCACGUUCUGUCGCACUUUGGCGAGCCGUUCUUGAAGAUUCUGGACAGCACGCACCAACGCAUAGAGGCAGCCAAAGGAGACGCAACACAACUCAAGGGCUGGCUUCAGACGAUGGAUCUUCUCGUCAAGAUCCUGUUCGACCUUUCGUGCCAAGAUCUUCCUCCCAUAAUCGAGUCCAACAUUGCCAGCCUGUGCACACUUCUGCAAACUUAUCUGUCCUAUUCCAACCCCCUCCUGGAUGGCGAUGACGAAGAGGAGACUGUCAUCGAGUUGGUCAAGUCAGAUAUCUGCUCCGUCUUGACUUUGUAUUUCUCCAAGUUCGAUGACGAUUUUGGUAACACGGCCCAGGAGUUCAUCCCGGCCGUGUGGCAAUUACUCUCGUCGAUCGGCAUGGAGAAGAGAUACGACGGACUCGUCAGCAAAGCUCUACAGUUUCUCACCACUGUGUCAGGUAACCCGCGUCAUGCGCCACACUUCAACAGCCAGGCUGUGAUAAAGGAGAUCGUCGAGAAGGUGGUGCUGCCAAAUAUCAGCUUACGCGAGUCCGACAUCGAGCUGUUCGAGGACGAGCCGAUCGAGUUCAUUCGGCGUGAUCUGGAAGGCUCUGACUCUGACUCGAGGAGGAGGGCGGCAACAGACUUCUUGAGGAGGCUGCAGGAGAACGACGACAAGCUUGUCACUGAAGUGGUCGGGCAGUACAUCAACCACUACCUCGGACAGGCCGACUGGAAGUCCAAGGACACUGCAGUCUACCUGUACCUCUCGAUUGCUGCCAAGGGUGCUGUGACGGCGGCGAGGGGAGUUCAGACCGUGAACCCUCACGUCAAUGUGGUCGACUUCUUCCAACAGCAUAUUGCUGGGGAUCUGAUAAAAGACGAAGGAGUCGAGCCUAUUUCCAAGGUCAAUGCCAUCAAGUACCUGCACAACUUCCGCAGCCAACUUACCAAGGAGCAAUGGAGCGGAGCCAUCCAGCCGCUGAUUGUCAACAUGGCUUCGUCGAACUAUGUCGUAUACACAUACGCCGUUAUCACCGUCGAGCGUGUGCUAUUUCUUACUAACGAGGAAGGGGAGCACCUAUUCACGCGAGCGGACAUCGAGCCACUUGCCAGAGACCUGCUGGAGCAUCUUUUCAACCUGGUUGAGAAGGAUAGGUCACCUGCCAAGAUGCAGGAGAACGAGUUUUUGAUGAGGUGCAUUAUGCGGGUUCUAAUUGUCAUCAAGGACGGCGCAGUCCCGCUGUUGGACAGUGUUCUCGAUCGCCUCAUCGCCAUCACAAAUGUGAUCAAACAAAACCCAAGCAACCCCCGAUUUUACUAUUAUCACUUCGAGGCCGUCGGCGCCCUGAUUCGCUACUGCGCUGCCACCGAUGCCGGCAAGUUGGAGGCGAAGCUCUGGGAACCGCUCUCGUCAAUUCUCAAUGAGGACGUCACAGAGUUCGUUCCUUAUGUCUUUCAGCUGUUCGCCGCGCUCCUUGAAUCCUCACCAAACACUGCAGCGCCAAACAAUUUCUUGAACCUUCUGAAGCCCGUGCUUUCUCACACCGUCUGGGAAACCCGGGGUAAUGUCCCUGGAUGUGCCCGGUUUCUCUCAGCAAUCGUGCCCAAGGUUGCAGAAGGAAUUGUUGCAGAAGGACAUCUUGAAGCAAUUCUGGGCAUUUUCCAGCGGCUACUCGGGUCCAAAAAGACUGAGCCGAAUGCUUUCGACAUACUGGAGGCGAUUGUGGGCUCUUUCCCGGCUUCUGCGUUGGAUCAGUACUUUGGAACUAUACAAUCGUUGUUAUUCAAAAAGUUCGAGACGGACGUGCCCGACUCUUUCAAGCAACGGUUUGUCCGAUUCUACCACCUUGUCUCUGCCCGGGGGGUAGAGGCUGGCUUCGGUGCAGAUUACUUCAUCAAGCACGCUGAGGCUUUGCAAGCCAAGGUUUUCGUGCCACUCUAUCUGAAUUAUGUUCUCCCGGUUACCGCUGGCUUCGCACGGCCAGUAGAUCGGAAGCUCGGUGUCAUCUCAUACACCAAGACGCUGUGCGACUCGACCGCCUUUGCUCAGACGUACGCGAAGGGCUGGGGCUUUACAUGCAACCGCCUGCUAGAACUUCUCAGUAACCCGCCCAAGGUAACGACCGGGGCAGGGGAUGAGUUCAUCACUGAAGCCGAUGUAGAUGACAUCGGGUUCGGUGUCGGCUACACACCACUCAACACAUGCAAACGGGGUCCUCGUGAUGACUUCCCCGAGAUUACCAAUGUGCAAACCUGGGUGAGCGAGUACAUGAAGUCGGCCAAUCAGCGUACCGGCGGGAAACUUGCAACGUUUGUCCAGGAGCGACUGGAGGAUGCUAGCAAGGCGGAGCUAGCCAAAUAUCUCAGCUGA